AUGAAGAGGAAGGUGGGAGGGUCACCAUCCUUGGAGGGGAUAAAGGAGAUGGGGUUUAAUGCCAUAAACGUGUGGGAUGAAUACCUUGCUUAUAGGCACUACUGUCAGGACACUGUUUCAUUCUCUCUCCCUUUCUUUCUUCUGUCCUCCUCUCAUAUUUGCAGGUUCUCUGGCAGUCAGCACUGUGGACAUAUACACUGUGCAUACCAGUAUCGAGAACAUUACCACUGCCUUGACCCAGAGUGCAACUACCAGAGAUUCACUAGUAAACAGGAUGUGAUUCGGCAUUACAACAUGCACAAGAAACGUGAUAAUUCUCUCCAGCACGGCUUCAUGCGCUUCAGCCCCUUGGAUGACUGUAGCGUGUACUAUCAUGGCUGCCACCUGAAUGGGAAAAGCACACACUACCACUGCAUGCAGGUUGGUUGUAACAAGGUCUAUACAAGCACCUCUGAUGUGAUGACCCAUGAGAACUUUCACAAAAAGAACACGCAGCUCAUCAAUGACGGGUUUCAGCGGUUCCGUGCCACGGAGGACUGCGGCACUGUGGAAUGCCAGUUCUAUGGGCAGAAAACCACUCACUUUCACUGCAGGCGACCUGGGUGUGCAUUCACCUUCAAGAACAAGUGUGACAUUGAGAAGCACAAGAGCUACCACAUCAAAGAUGAUGCCUAUGCCAAGGAUGGCUUCAAGAAGUUCUACAAGUAUGAGGAGUGCAAGUAUGAGGGCUGUGUGUACAGCAAGGCCACCAACCACUUCCACUGCAUAAGGGCAGGCUGUGGCUUCACCUUCACCUCCACCAGCCAGAUGACCUCCCAUAAACGCAAACAUGAGCGUCGGCACAUCCGGAGCUCAGGAGUGCUGGGCCUGCCUGCCUCUCUCCUGGGGUCCAAGGAUAACGAGCAAGAGGAGUCCAGUAAUGAUGAUCUUAUUGACUUCUCCGCUAUGAGCUCGAAGAACUCCAGCCUGAGUGCCUCCCCCACCAGUCAACAGUCUUCCGUUUCUCUCAUAGUCCCAGCUGCACCCUCCUCUGCUGCUGAACUUGCUUCCUCACAGGCCAGCAAGUCUGCCAACAGCAUGACACCAGCCACCAAGAUCUCUGGCCUGCUCUCCCAGGCUCUUCCCAGCAAUAUACCCUUGGCCUUGGCACUCUCCAACUCAGCACUUCCUGGAACAGCUGGAUCCUUCUUCCCCAUCAUCCCCAGUCGGGUCUCUACACCACUUCCUGCCAGCUCAGCUAAUCUGAUGACUGCUGGUUCUUCUGGCACCAAUCCAACAUCAUCUGCUCCUACGGAUUCCUCAUCCCAGGCCAUUUCAGGGUCUGGUGAGCCAACAGCUACUUCUUCUCCAGCUCCAGCGGCAUCUAUAAUGGAAAGGAUCUCUGCUAGCAAGGGAUUAAUCUCGCCUAUGAUGGCCCGGCUGGCAGCAGCUGCACUCAAGCCCUCUGUGGCACUUGAAGCAGCAGGGAAUGGACAACCAGCAGCUCCUGGACGGUUCAAUCCAGUUCAGGUGAAGCAGGAACCUGUGGAGGCCAUGGGAUCAUCAUCUGCCACCAGUCAGGACUCCUUGCAGGAGCACAGCUUGGACCUGAGUGUCAAGGAUCAUGGUAAUGAAUCAAAUGGCCACACAGUCUCGGCAAAUUCAUCUCUUUUAUCCUCGCUUAUGAAUAAGAUGUCCAAGACCAGUGCCAGCCUUGGCAACCUGCGGAACAUUAAGACAGAAGGAGAUGGCAGCCAGGCUGGGGCUGGAGAGCCAACACAGUACCUGGGCAAGGCAGUGAAGGCACUUGUCCAGGAGAAGCUCUCUGAGCCAUGGAAGAUGUACCUGCGCCGGUUUGGUACCAAGGAUUUCUGCGAUGCGCAGUGUGACUUUCUCCAUAAGGUGCAUUUCCAUUGUGUCGUAGAGGAAUGUGGUGCCCUCUUCAGCACCCUGGAUGGAGCCAUCAAGCAUGCCAAUUUUCACUUCCGAACUGAGGGUGGAACUGUGAAAAGCAACUCUGAGUCUCCAUUCUCAACUACUACUGAGAGUAAGUCUUCACUGGCUCCUUCAUCACCAUCUGCUACUUCUGUCAGCAUGGCAAAUGCUCCUGCCCUCGACGUGCCCACUCCAAGUCCAGCUACUGUGCCCUCUGCCCCCACACUGCUCGCUUGGAAGCAGCUGGCUUCAACCAUACCCCAGAUGCCUCAGAUCCCAGCAUCAGUGCCUAACCUGGCAACUUCACCCUUGGCAACGACUUCCCUGGAGAACGCCAAGCCUCAGGUCAAACCCGGAUUUCUCCAGUUCCAGGAGAAUGAUCCCUGCCUGGCAACGGACUGCAAGUAUGCCAACAAAUUCCACUUCCACUGUCUCUUUGGGAACUGCAAGUAUGUGUGCAAAACCUCUGGCAAAGCAGAGUCCCACUGCCUGGACCACAUCAACCCCAACAAUAAUUUGGUGAAUGUGCGAGACCAGUUUGCUUACUAUUCGCUGCAGUGUCUCUGUCCGAACCAGCACUGUGAAUUCAGGAUGCGAGGGCAUUACCACUGUCUUCGUCCUGGCUGCUACUUUGUGACUAAUAUCACCACCAAGCUGCCCUGGCAUGUGAAAAAACAUGAGAAGGCAGAGAGAAGGGCAGCCAAUGGCUUCAAGUAUUUUACCAAGAGAGAAGAGUGUGGCAGACUAGGUUGCAAAUACAACCAGGUGAACAGCCACUUCCACUGCAUUCGAGAGGGCUGCCAGUUCUCCUUCCUGCUCAAGCACCAAAUGACAUCCCACGCCAGAAAGCACAUGAGAAGGAUGCUGGGGAAGAACUUCGAUCGUGUUCCUACUCAGGUUAUUGGCCACACUCCAAGAAAUGAAAAUCUCCCCCAGGUUGGCAGCAUGGCACCCAGCCCAGCCUCAUCAGGAACCCCAGCUUCCUUUCAGGGACCCCCAAGCAUGAUGGACACUGAAACAGAUGAGUACAUGGAUUACACUGGCUGUAGCCCUGGGGGCAUCUCAUCUGAAUCUUCCAAUAUGGACCGCAGCUGCUCCAGCACUCCAGUGGGCAAUGAAAGUACAUCAGCAGGCUGCCUGGUUCCUUCUACUACUGCUGCUGCUGCCGAUGAUGCUACCCACAAUGCACCACAACCUCAACCACCAUCUCUGCCUCCAUCUUUCUCACAAGCCCUGCUUAGGUCUCCCCUUCCCACCCUCCCCUAUCUUUUCUCUCCAUCUUGUCUCUCAUACUCUCUGCUCAGUGCCACUCUUGGAUCCAGCAGAGGCAUUGUCAUGCCUGCCAGCAGCACCACUGGGUUUUCGCCCAUCAUUGCCACUCCAACUCCAGUAAAAAGUGACGUUCCCUUAGUUCAGGAUGCAGCAGGGAAUACCAUCACUAUGCCAACUGCCUCGGGGGCCAAAAAGCGUUUCUGGAUUAUUGAGGACAUGUCCCCGUUUGGCAAGCGCCGCAAGACCGCAUCAUCACGCAAGAUGCUGGAUGAAGGGAUGAUGCUGGAGGGAUUUCGGCGCUAUGACCUCUACGAGGACUGCAAGGACUCCAGCUGCCAAUUCUCUCUCAAGGUUACCCACUACCACUGCACGCGAGAGAAUUGUGGCUACAAGUUCUGUGGCCGUACACACAUGUAUAAGCACGCCCAGCAUCAUGAUCGUGUUGACAACCUGGUAUUGGAUGACUUCAAACGCUUCAAGUCUUCACUGAGUUGCAACUUCCCAGACUGUCAGUUCUCUGGCAAUAGCACACACUUCCACUGUCUGCGUUGUGGCUUCCGCUGCACUGACAGCACUAAGGUGACAGCCCACCGUAAGCACCACGGCAAGCAGGACGUCAUCAGUGCUGCUGGCUUCUGCCAGUUCAGCUCAAGCGUGGACUGCGAGGUGCCUGACUGCAAGUACAAACUCAAGUGCUCCCACUUCCAUUGCACCUACCCUGGCUGCAAACACACAGUGGUGGGCAUGUCACAGAUGGACUCGCACAAGCGCAAACAUGAGAAGCAGGAGCGAGGGGAGCUUCCUGCCAUCUCUCCUGGCCCUGAGGGCCUUGCCCACUCCACUCUUGAGUAUGACAUCCAGAACUCUUCCAUCAACCUGGACAGCUCCCUCAACCUCAGCACUGACAACAACAGCUCCCUCUUCUUCCUGCAGAAUGCGGCUGGUGUGGGCCUAAACGAUUCCCUGGACCUCAGCAAGAAGCAGUCAGAAGUCACUGAAGGUCCAUCACCGAGCAGAGCCGGGGCUGCACCGCAGGAGAGGGGGGCAGUGGCAUCUGGCUCUGGUGAUGUGGAGGAUGAGGAUGACUCUUCCCAAGAGGAUGAAGAGGAUGAUGAGGAGGAGAUGAAUGAAGAAGAGGAAGAUGAUGAAGAGGAGGAGGAGGAUGAUGACGAUGAGGAGGAUGAUGAAGAGGAAGACCUGAACACAGAUUCUGAAGAAUCGCUCCCUGACCCUGAGGGCCUGGCCACUAAAGAAGAUGGAGAACCAGAGGAGGCUGCUUCUUCCACAGACCAUGGCGAUGCUUCCAGGCCACAGGGUGAGCCGCCCCUUACUCCAGCCCCAACUCCUGCUCCAGCUCCAUCUGCUGCCCCAGCCUCUACCAUUGCUCCAGCAGCUUCUCCUUAA